AAUUUUAAGUCUAUGGAAUGUAUGUGUUGUGUGUGGUGUAAUAUUUAAGUUAGAGCAUUGCAAUGUCAUAAUAACUUCCUUAAUUGUUAAAACCAUAACAAAUUAUAAUUUAGUACUUUUUUUUAAAAUCUAGUACUAUUUUCUCGCAUAAAUUGGUACGAAAUAUUUAUUACUUUACUUGUGGACAGGACACCCUGGUUGCAGUGACUUUGCGCAUCACAAAGUGAUUGGACGUAGUGCUCGUAUUGUGUUAUUACAUUUUUUAGUUAAAUAUUUUACUGCAAUGGGAGCGUGUACAUUCAAUUUAUUUCUUGUAUUUGUUACAUGUGCUCUUCAGACAAGUCUGGCCAUCAAGUGUUUCACUUGCAGAUCGGACAUGGACCCUAAAUGUGCAGAUCCUUUUGACAACUCGACAAUUGCGAUAAGUGAUUGCGCUUAUGAACGAGACGUAGAAAAUCUUCCUGGCGUGCGACCUAACGUGUGUAUGAAGGUGCGACAGAAAGGAAACAAUGGUUAUUUCACGAUGAGGAGUUGUGGAUGGUCUUUGGGAAUGGAUAACAACAUCUGCAAUAACACCAACGUGGAGAAAAAGUACUGCUCCAUCUGCAGCAACAAGGACGGCUGCAACUCCGCCCCCGGGUCGCUGCUGCCGUCUGUCGUCAGCGUGUUGGCGCCCGCUGCGCUGGUGGUCCUGCUCAAGGUGCCCGCCUAGCUGACAUCUUGCCCCCUUGGCCAGGCAGUCUUGGCGGGCGACAGCAACCGCGACUGAUACUUGUUUCGGCACCGCGGGAGUCCCAGCCAUUUCCGUCCUUCCGAGGAGCGCCUCAACCCAGAAUAAUGUGUUAAUAAAGCGCACACCACUGCUGCUCUCUAAGCCACACUUUUUUUUUUUUUGGAACUGCAGGCCGAGUCAACACACUCACUAGUAUAGGUUUAGCUUCUAGCUAGUUUCGCAGCUAGUUUUCAUAUAGCAGUCUAGUUGUCAGCACAAACAUAUCUAGUAUCAUGUACUGUUUUUAAAAGUCAAUUUUAUAUCUUGUACAAACUACACAUUCCUUAUAAUUUUUUUAUGUAGUAGUUAUUUAGAAUGCUUGAAUUUCUUUUAUUGAUGCAUAAACAAAAUUUUCUAAAAUGAAAAGCAUGCACCAAAAAAGUUAUGGAGAUUAACUUUCCAAAUGUUAACAGUGUAUAAUCAUAAUAAGAUUAACUAUGAGUUCUACAGAAAUAACUACAAAAUUACUAGUUCAAAGAAUUUUAUGGCACUUACUUGCAAGAUUGGAAUCAAAGUGUAGAAAAAAUGCAGUUUUAUAUAUUAGGCCUGCCUUCAUUAUAGAACCGGUGUAAUUUAUGUUAUAUAUUAUAACUUACUUUCGACAUUUUACAAGGAAUUUCAUAUUAUCUUUGAUAGAUUUGUGCAAUGGGAGUGCAUGACUUGAUGUAAUCUUUUAGACAAACGCCAUUGCUUAGCAAUUUGCUUACAUGUGCUUAGCAAUGGUGUAUGUCCAAAAGCUUACAUCAAGCCUAGGAAUUUCACUUAACUGUGAGUGAUACAUCCAUGUAUUCCACUAUAUCAAACAAAAAUCUCUUGGCUACAUGUUUUGUAAUACCUUACACUAGUAGCCAGAUGUUAGUCAUUUUCAAUGUUUAUGGUGCCAUUCUUAAUUUUAAAUAUUGUAACCAUUUGUAUAUUGAAAAUUAAAGUGUGCGUGGAAAUAAAA